CGUGCGAGUGCCUGCGCGCCCAUAUAUGCGUGAGUGUGUGUGUUUUUGCGUGGCUGUGAAAGGCUCAGACUCUGCUGGCAACGCGCACUGCUGCCGCGCUCCAUGCCAGCGCCGCUCAGCUGCGCUCCUAUUUGUUCCCCCUCCCGCUCUUGCGCACGCUCCCCACACACUCCGCCAGGCUGGGUGUGAGGAACGGCAUGGAAUGGAAUCUCAGAAGGAUGGAGAGCGAACUGAGACAGAUCAACCCUGACUUGCUGCAGCCCAGCAAAAGCUUUAAGAAACCUUCUUCAAACACCAUCACCAUCAACGUGGGGGGGUACUUGUACGCAGCCCAGCGGCACACCCUGGUCAAGCACCCCGGCUCUCUGCUGGAGGAGAUGGUCAGCGGGAAGAAACCCGUGGUGCACGUGGACUCCAUGGGCAACACCUUCAUCGACCGUGACGGUCCAAUUUUCCGGCACGUUUUGAACUACUUGCGCUUGGGUGAGCUGGUAUUACCCGACGACUUCAAGGAAGUCGAGCUGCUCCGGCGUGAAGCCGACUUCUACCGGCUGAGCGAACUGGCCCAAGCCCUGCAGGAAUGGGAGCAACAGCAGGCCGCGCAACGCGAGCCCGCCUUUUUGGAGGUGACGGACAGCCACGAGCGCUCCCAAGGUCUAAAAGUCUACUGCAGCGACAGCACGUUUAUCGAAAAAGUGAAAAGUCGCCUGGUGCAGAUCUCCAAGAGCCGACUGGACGGCUUUCCAGAAGAGUUUGAGGUGUCGUCCAACGUCAUCCAGUUCCGGCAUUUCAUCAAAUCGGAGCAGGGCUCUCGGCUUGUUUUGAAGCAGGACAGCACGUUUUUGUGUACAUUGGAGUGUCUGAAGCUGGAGGUGGUGAUGUUAGCGCUGAAAGCAGGCUUUCGACUGCUUACCAGCCUAGACAGCAGCCGUGGAUCUGUGGUUCAAUGCGAGGCUCUGCAUUUUGUCAAGUGACCCGACCAGUCAUCACUUACCACCUGACCUGCUGUACACCAUCACAUCAAACACCAGCGUCCUCAACCGAAAUCCUGUUCUGGAAUAUUCCUGCUUCUGCAUUACACAUUCCCAUUAACAGCCUUGAUAAACAAGAGACAUGUACUGUGGAUCUUUGUUUUGGUUUUGUGUAUGUAGUUUUUACUGUUUAGUUGCUUUAACAGAAAGUUUGUACAUAACAGUUUCGAUUUGCAGAUCACUUUGGGAGUCAAAAAGUUGAAGUGCAACAAUCAUUACAUCUGCACGCAAAUGUUGUGAAUUGGGUAAUGUGAAAAAGUGUAGUGAACAGCAAAUUGUAACAUUGAGUCUGUGACUGUUUUUCAAAAUAAAGCAACAAUGUAUAUCUUAA